UCCUGUAGAAGAGAUGAACAUUGCAGUAAAAUUUUGCAUGCAAAGUGUUCGAAAGAUAUAAUUUGUGUCUGUAGGCCAAAUUAUAUUAUGGUCAAUAACACAUAUUGUCAACCAGAAUUGGGAUCAUUUUGUUGGAAAAACGAAACAUGUGCAACUGAUCAUUCUUCUUGUAUUAGUUUUGAGUGUCAAUGCAAUGAACAUUAUUUGCAACAAUCAGAUAAUCAAUGCAUACGAACAAUAGGGUCACCCUGUGAAACUGAUUUCGAUUGUGGCACAAUAAAAUUUUCUUAUUGUUCAGCAAACAAAACUUGUACAUGCUCAUUGAAUACACUGGUAACUGAUGAUCAAUCAUGCUUACCAUUAUUAAAUUUAUAUUGUCAGACAGAUGACGAAUGUAAAAUUGAACACUCACUAUGUAUUGAUAACGAGUGUAAAUGCAAACCACUAUUCGAAGCCAUUUCGAAUGUUGAAUGUAGAAAACCAUACUUAGGCAUGGCUUGCGAACAUACUUUCUACUGCGACAAAUUUAUAAGAUAUUCAAAAUGUUCUGAAGAUAAACAAUGUACAUGUGCUUAUCAUCGUUAUAUUAUAGACAAUUCAACAUGUGCACCACUAUCCAUCAAAGCAGAAAGCUGUAACAAAGAUUCUGACUGUAUUAAUGUGGGACAGGAGUGUUAUAAUGAAAAAUGUGUUUGUAAAAUCAAUUUUUUUCCACUAAAUAGCACAAAGUGUGUAGCACGUUUAUAUGGUUAUUGUUCGAAUAAUGAAGAAUGCUUCGUUAAGAAUUCAAUAUGUGUUUACAAUAGAUGUGCUUGUGACUCUUCAUAUUGGCAGAACUCUCCUCAUACAUGUGAACCAACUAUGCUGGGUGAACCAUGUACAACAGACAAGGAUUGUAGGCAUAUCAGGAAUUCAAGAUGCUCAGCGGAUAAUGAAUGUAUUUGUGAGAUAAACCAUUUUGCGUUGGAUAAGCUACAUUGUGUACCAACUAUCGAUGGAUUUUGUUCAAAAGAUCGAGACUGUUAUUCUGAUUCAUUCCGUUGUGUUGAUAAUCAAUGUCAAUGUAAGAGUAAUUAUACAGCUGUAUCUGUAAACCGAUGUGUUGAAACCCACUCGUUGAGUUCUUGUAAUGAUAAUACGGAAUGCAGUGAUUCAUGGCAUUCAUUUUGUUCAAAAAAAGGAAAAUGUGUAUGUGCUUUAAAUAAUAUACAAGUCAGUUCAUCAACAUGUCUGCCGAUUUUAGACGGACCUUGUUGGAAAGAUGAUCAAUGUAUGGCUCUGAACUCUGUUUGCAUUGAUUUUCGGUGUAAAUGCAAAGAAAAUUUUAUUGGAAUCGCUAAUAAUUUAUGUGUAUCCAUUAACUAAAGGAAGUAUCAAUAAACGUGGACCCUAUGUCCCCGUCAGAGAACUUUCAUCGAUGGGGUAGCAGGCCUUCAACUUUAUUAGGGGACCUUAGCAUAUUCAAUGAUAAUAAUUACCGCCAAGUAGAAAUUAGCUUUUAAUAUCUUCUAUGCUGCACUUUUUCGAGCCAAUGAAUAUUCAAAUUUUUUAUCGUAAUUGUGUUGAGAAACAUCUAUAUUUCCGAG